GUUGACUGGUGUAGUCGCGUUUUUCUUAACCAAGUGAUUGUACGAUACAUUCACUUCAUCGACUAUAGUUCGUAAACAUGUAAUAGGUUAUAUUGACAUAAAAAUAAAGUUAAGCCGGUGCAUUAAUAACAAAAUGGAGUCAGAAAAGAGUAUGGUUGAAGCUAGCAGCGUUCCUUAUAGGAAACCAAAUUAUAUGCUUAUGUCCUUGCAAAGGAUUUUAGUGUUAACUGUUAUAUUUACCAGUGUUAUUGUUGUGGUUUAUUAUACGCCUAUGCCGGAGGAAUAUUUCGAAAAUUGUGACAGAGAAUGUAAUGAGUUGGAUUGGCCUAUGAUAUGUCGAGUAAAACUAGUUGUCGAGGUCUACAAAACGCUUAGCAAAUCCUGUGGUACUUGUACAGAGAAGGAUGGCGAAGAGUGUCCGCCUAUGUGUAUAUCUGCUGAUGGUCGGGAACGUGGUGUUCUAUCUGCCAAUAGAGCGCUGCCUGCACCAGCUUUACACGUUUGUGAAAACGACAUUCUGGUUGUAGAUAUCGUACACAGAGCUCCUGCUCACGCUUUAUCAAUACAUUGGCGCGGACAACCACAGAAAGAGACUCCAUUCAUGGAUGGAGCGCCUAUGUUGACCCAAUGCCCGCAACCGGCUUACACAACUUUUCAAUAUAAAUUCCGUGCAUCGGCAGUAGGUACACAUAUGUAUCACGCGCACUCUGCUGCGGAUGCUGCUGAUGGUCUUGCUGGAGCAUUCAUCGUGCGUAAACCUCCUCGUUUGAGUCCUUUGAGCAAGUUAUAUGAUGCUGAUGCCACAGAACAUACUAUCUUCAUGGCAGAAUGGGGACACUCCAUGGGUCCUUUAGCUGGAAUGAUGUCCGGAAUUCCGAAUGCUGAGUCAUUGCUCAUAAACGGUAAAGGAAAAACUGUUGAAUCUCCUGACGCACCAAUUGCUAAAUUCAAUGUGGAAUAUGGUAAAAGAUAUCGCUUUAGAUUAGUGUAUGGUGGAGGUCAUAAAAGUUGUCCGGUGAAAUUCAGCAUAGACAAUCAUGUUCUCGAACUUAUUGCUUUAGAUGGUCACAGAAUAAGCAUUGAAAAAGUCAAAGCGAUAACAUUGGGUCGUGGAGAACGAGCGGAUUUUAUCCUCGAAGCCAAAAAAAUACCUGGAGUCUAUAAUGUAAAGGUGGAGGCAGAAGUAUCCUGUCAAGAUAAUUUGAAGGGUGCAGCCGAACUAGUGUAUGAAAGUAGCGAACUUAAAGCAUUACACAAAGACGAUGGUGAUGAUUCUGAUGCGAGUAGUGAGUUUACAACAGUGAUUAGUGAACGGUGUCUUAAAGACAAUGUGUUGUGUUUGGAUGAAGUGCAUGCUGUAGACAAACUUCCGACCGAGUUGACUCUCGAUUUGGAUAACAAAAUUUAUGUGCCAUUUAAUUACUCUACAAGGCAGAUUUCUACCAAACGAGUAGAGAGUUGGGGGCAAACCAGCGGGCAUCGGUUCACAUAUCCCGCGUCCCCUUUACUGACGCAAGGCAGUGACGUGCCCCCCGACGCUUUGUGUCCCCAAAGCGAGGGACACGGAGAUGAGUGUGUGCACGUGAAGAAUAUCAAAUUACAUUCUACCGUCGAACUCGUGAUGUUCGAUCAGGGGGGUGAAUCGGACCAUAUAUUCCAUUUGCACGGGUACAGUUUCUACGUGAUCGGCGUGAGAGAAUUCAACCGUAGUUUAAGUGAGGAGGAAGUGACGAAAAUGAACGAAGAAGGCACAUUGUUCCCUUCGAUAAAUGUUGUAAACCCAGUAUUAAAAGAUACUAUAGUAGUACCUAAAUUUGGGGUAGUCGCUUUGCGUUUUAAAGCUGACAAUCCAGGUUACUGGAUGAUGAGGGAUGAACGUUCCACCCACUGGACUAGGGGCUUAGACUUUGUACUGAAAGUUGGCGACGAGAAAGACUUUGUACAAGCGCCUUCAGACUUCCCAAAGUGUGGUUCUUACGUCGGUCCAGAGUAUUUUCUAAUAUAAUUUAAAAUAUUAAAGUUAUUGUUACCAAUUAUUUGCUCAUUUGUGAGUCACUCACGCACUUAUUUAAUUUGUGAUACUGAUAUUAAGUUUCUAUAAAUUUUCAUUAUUUGUUAUGAUAAUAGAAACAGUUUUAUUUCUCUUAACAUAUUUUUGAUAAAACCCAUUAAAUACACCUAGUAUUUCUAUAAAUUCCUUGUUGUUUUAUAAUUCUUAUAGGAAUUGAAAUCAAGAUGAUAAUCUACCUGAUGAUACACGAUACUCAUGUUGGUAACUGUGAUGACUUAUAUGUUAAGACUACUUCAAGUUUUUUUUAUAGAUAUAUAACAAAUUUGUUAAAAAAUAUAGUAUAUUUUUAUUGAUAUUAAAAUAUAUAUAAUGAAUAAAAAUACAUUACAAGGUUUUAGUGUGAGUUGAUUACCGUAUUGUUACUGUGAUCUCGCUUGAAUUCCAAUAAAAAUAAACAGUGGGCUGACUAAUUUAGAUAAAAGAUAGACAGAUCGUUUCGUAUGUAACGUAUAGAAAACAGAUAAUAAUUUUACCUAUUUUUAGAUUACAAACAGUUUUCAACGACGGCUUUGGUGUACAUAAGAGCUUUAGAAUGAAGUACGAGUAUAUUAAUAAAAAAUAUUCUAUUGUUAUAUCAAUUAAGUUAUUAUUAUUUAAAUAACAAAUUUUGGUACCAGAAUAGAAAUUAUGGCACAAAUUUUUUUUAGAGUAUUUAAUAUUUUUAUAAUUUAUACUAAUGUCAUAGCCGUAAUUAUAUAAUGUAUAUUUAA